GCUGUGUGCCGGCACAUCCCCUCUUCCUCGCCCUCAGCCGACCGCGGGCGCCAGGAGCGCCUGUGGGGGCCGGGCUGGGCCGGGGCUCCGGCCUGCGGCGGGCGGGCGGUUCGCGGGCUCGGGCGGCCUGGCGGUCCUCACGUAAACAAAAGCCGAACCUCCCCUGACAUCUGCAGGGAGCCCUGCUGCCCGUUCACGCAUUCCUUAUUUAUUCCCCGCGGGCAUUUCAUGACGGGAGGCGGUCUCCUCAUCUGCCCCCGCUGCCUCCGACCUUGCUAGCGGCCGCGGCCCGCGGCCGUCACUUGUGGGCGGCAGCGUUGAGUCUCGCUCGGAGCCAGAGCCGGACCGGAGGCCCCGGCGACGCUUGCGGUAUCUUCGCGCUCCAGGCGGGCCGGUGGCCGCGGCUCAUCGGGACCUGUUGCCGUGCUGGUGUCGGCGCUGCCCGCCGGUCCGGCCCCGCCCGCAGCUCCCCGGUAACAGCUUUGGCUGGGGAGAAACGGGGGGCGAGGGGCCGCCCGCAGAUGUGCUCUUGGAUGAGUCUGGGUGCGCAAAGGAAAGGGAUGGUUCGUUUCUCUUGUCCCCUCUUGCUGCCAGCACCUCCCUGUGUUACUGGAAAGAGUAUUAGGAGGAAAGAAAGAAAAAGAAAAACUCACAAAGCCGACCUUUUGAACUCCGUGUACAGCAUUUAAGAGGUUUGAUUUGCCGUUUGGCUGAAAAACGUUGGUUAUAAUUUUUUCCCUUUUCCUUGCCUUUUGCUUUUAUAAACACUGCAUCGUCCAUCUAUAUUUUUGUGUCCUAAUACGUGUAGAAGAUUCUUUUUUUUAAUUACGAACUGUUGGAUAGGAAACGUCCUUACUGGCUUUGGUCCCUGAAGGGAUGUUGGGAGUCUGUCGCAGUAGGAGAGCAGAGAUUUACUGAGAUAAAGAGGAAGGGUCUGAAUUCCGCAGUUGCAGAAGUUCUAUUGUGUGAUGCCCUGUGGUUUCCGUAUCACUUCUGCGUUUCCCAAAGAAACAGCAACUCCUUGGUAGGAAGGAAUCCAAACUAGAAAAGGGGAAAAUGGUGAAAUACUUUUUGGGAGUGUUGCUUGAUGCUUCUGUGGAAAUUGAAAGUAGUUGUAACACUAAAAGAAAAGAAUGCAAGUGGAAAAUAACUAAGGACAUACCCACCUUAACAAGCAGCUUUAUUAGACAGAGAACAUAAUUUUUAAAAUUUUUUUAUCAAUUUUUAGUUGCAUAUUUUUAUGUCUCCUAUCUUGUUAACAGUAGCAUGCAUGUAACAUUUACUGAUUAGCUGUGGCGUUUCUAAUGGUUUCCUUAGUGCUUUGAAGAAGCUUUUCACUAGGAUACAUUCUCCCCGCUUCGUGAGGAAGUGCACUAGGAAAGUUACAUCGCUGUCAGCACUAGGGAAAGAAAACUGCGCUACGUAGAUACUAAUGGAUCUUUUUAUUUCACCUGGCCCUGGUGGGGCCCUGGUCUGUGAAUUCUUCAGCCAAGAAUGCCUUAUAUCUUCUCAGUCAUGCACAUAGCUGUAGAUGGUUUUGUUUUAACAAGUAGCACUUAAUUCAGCAUAUUGAGAACCAUUGUAAAGACCUUUUUAAUCUCUGCUCCAUGUUUCACGCACCAAAAAAAAUUUAAAAUUUUGUGAAGUGCAUCCAGUACAUUUUCUAAUUGGCUAUAUAUUUGAGCAUCCUGGCGAAGCAGUUUUGGCUAAUAUAAUGCCAUGCUGGUAGGAUACUAUAUUAUCAUUGAUAAGGACAGUCUUGUUUCACUGCUGGUGUUCCUGACAAGUCGAUAGGAAAAUAUGCUAUUUUUGCCUUGGCAAUAAUAACAUAUUUCUUUUGUAGGCUUUUCAGACCCUGUCCUUACAUCUGAGACCCCUUGCACAGGUCUUGUUAAACAGUGUUAAGAUUUUCUGUAUAAGUCACUUGUUAUUGUCACAAUACACAAAGAGAAAUUUCUGUUUUCAGUUUGUAGGGAAAAUGAUGACUCUUUGUUGAUGCUUACUAGCAGCUGUUUGGAGAGGCUUUGCGUUUAUUCAUUUAUGUAUGCUGUUGUCACCUCUGUGAAGAAUCCAAUAUACAUUGAGGUGCAACUGCUGUAAAAUCUGUUCUUCAUCAGGUUUAAUUGAAUUUAAUGAAUAUGGUUAUCAUUUGCCUAUGCUUGAAAACAUAAACAGCCAAUAUUAACCAUGCCUGUAUUUCAUCAAUUCAGUAUAUUCAGUAGAGUCCCCUGUAUUCUGUAUAUGCUAAAAAGUUGCUUUUCAGUUCCUGAAGCUAAUGUGAGAGGAUGCCAAUUGAUCUUAAUUUAAGAUAUUUACUGAAAAAAUAUUUUUUUGUAAAAGAUGAUCUGUUUGUUUCACGAACAAAAAAAAACCCAACAAACCCCACCAGAAACAUCCUACCUUCUGUGUUGUUGUUUUUGAAAUGCUCUUUGCAAAUCAAUUUUAAAUACACUAUAUCACACACAUUUAUCGGUAGGUGCAAUCAUUAUGGAUAGUUUAGUCCCAUUUCCCGGUUGCAAUUAUUAGCAUGUCCGUUACCAUGGAUAUUAUAUUUUAUGCUGAUGUAGGGCUUCUUACAUGUUACAGAAAAUUAUUAAUUAUACACAGGGAACAGAUUGCCAGUUCGUGGAAAAGGAUUUUAAGUUUCUUUAAUACAUUAGAGUGAUGCAUACAGAAGAUUAAAAGUAGCUGAAUGUUCAAAAUUCUGUUUUCGUAAUUGAUUCAAAGUACAUGGUGCUGUCCAUCAGCUCUAUCACAGAACUUUUCUUCAACAUACGGAACCACUACCUCUAUAUGUAUUUUUUGAUGCAUUCAGCAUUUUGCUAAAUUUAAAGAGGCUAGUAAUCUUUUUUCAAAGUGCUUAGAGUCUUAAUAUAGGUCAUGCAAUACUGCCUUUUUUCUGCUUUGAAUGUUUCAGAACAAUUUUCAUUAGCAUAGGUAUCAAAUGUAGAUGUCAGGCAUCUCUUGUUUGCUUGUUACAUUCCAGGCAGUUGAUGGAAAUCUGCUUUGUUCCUUGUGGAACAGUGCACAUUAAUUUUGCUUUUUCUUUUUGUUCUCUUUUUCCCUGUUGGUCAUUGCUGUCUUGCAUUUAUUUUUACACUGUUUGUGUGCUUAAAAAAGUACUGUAUGCAACAGCAAAACUGCAUUUGUGACAGUGGAAAAGUAGCUAGGAAAAAAAAAACAUAAAAAAAGCACGAGAUCUUUGAAUUUACUGUGAAUAUUUUCAACUGCCUUAAUUUUCACAAGACUGCUCAGUGUCUGGGGAUCCACCUUAGUCUUCCUCCUGGGGUUAGUAGCCGUCUUUAAGGAGGUAAGUGGGAAAAAUGGAAAAGCUGUUAGAAUCUGCAGGCAGGCAGAAAGUUAAGCAGUAAUGAGCAUCUUCCACUUCCUAUGUGGUUUGGUUUCUGUUCCUGCACUGCACGGUGCUAACACGAUAUGCCUAUUUGAGUGAUAGCCAGAAAACUAGGGAAGAAGAUGACAUGAGAUAAAAAUCAUGUACUAAAGGAUAUCUCUAGCCCAGACAAACACAGGCCAAAGUGUUGGAUUAGAAGUUCCGAAAUACUGUCUUUAGCAAAAUGCAUGUUGUGGUUACCUUGCUGCUUAAUUGAAAUAGAUUUAAUUUUAAUCUCAUGCAACUUCAAGCCAGAGUUUGGGCCUAGAGAUCACUCUUAAGAUAGGCAUUUCUUCUGUAUACUCAGAGUAUUUCAAGUAAUGCAGGAGUUAUGGGGCAAAGCCUAUUACUAUGUUUUCUAUCUUUGGCAUGGCAUGUUUCCUAAUCCAUGCUAUGAGCAUUAGUUUCCAAGGUAUUAUCUAAAAUGGCUUUGUGAAACAGUAGAUGGAGUAUCUGUCAAUGAAACAGAGUAGGUUUCCUUGUAGAAACUAAGUGAUAGAUGUGAAAGAAUGAUCAAUGGAAAUGGGUUGCCUUACUAUUUUCACGAAUCUUUUGUCUGUUUAGCUAAAUGCCUUCUGCAAUUGUAGUGGAAAGGAGGUGAUCAAAUAAAUUUCAGAAGUUAAAAAAAAUUCUGCCACCUGUGCAUUUUAGUGUUUCAGAAGUGGACAGAUAGAAACCAGAGUUGCAAGAUGCCAGCUGUUUUCUGGCAACCAAUGUCAUCAAAGGGUAGCAUGAAGAGUGGCAAAAAAUCCCGUUUUUAUUCAUUAGCAUUGGAAGAAUCAAAUUUCGAAAGUGCAAGCUUGAAAGGGAUCAUCUUUAACUUUGGUUUGUUCUUAGAGUGAGUAUGGUGUGUUUGUCACCUUAUACCUGUCUAAAAUUCCUUGUGUUUUCUAGUCUAAUGUUCUAAAACAGUAGGAAAGCGAGAGAAGGUGAUGAGGUUUGAUUUUUUCAUUAUUUUUUUUUCUUUUUGGUUUGUUUGGCUAUUUGUUCUUUGUUUACAUCACUGCUUUCAGCUACCCAUGUCGUUAGAACUUGAACAUAGAUUUAACUUGCAUUUGCUUAACUGUCUUUCUUCGAUUUGCCUAUAAAGUUUUGACUCAGACAGCUUGUGUUCUUAUUACUGUGAAGAGAUUAAUGAACUUUAGCACUGAAAUACAAAAAUAGUUAAAUCUACUUUGAGCUAAGCUACUAAGAGCUCUUUGAAGUGUGAAGAUUGUUGUAUCCUGUAUAGAAGGUUUUGGCUUCAGGUUCCUGUGAUACAGACUGCCAGGAGAUUGCAAAAUGAGGAAAUCAGAACUAAACUUCCCACUCUGCAUCUAGAAAUCUACAAUGCCAUUAUAAAAAUACUCAGUAUAGCAGAAUUAGGCCUUUUAACAAGUGAUCAUGCAUUCCACUCUACUUCUCACUAGCCCAUUGUUGCUAAAAUACUUAGAAGCAUGCUGGUUUAAAGGCCAGUGUGUCCUGUAGUGGGUGGUGGUGUUUAUGGAUAUGUCUCUGCAGUGUAUUUUGGAGAGAUGUGUGGUUGCUUCUCCAGUACUUCACUAUGUGUAUGUGCCACUAAGCUGGUGCUGACAGAUCCCACUUUUAGCAUGGAUGUGGCACAGCAGGAGCAGUCAUGUGUCUGUUUGCCCUUUCAGAGGGCAGGCAGAGUGAACAGAGGUCAUCUUGGCCUGCAACACGUAGAGGCAAACACAGGUGUCCCUCUGUGCAUUGCAUCUGCCUCAGAGGAGGUGUCUGAGUGAAAACAUUCUGAGGACAGUUUUGGUCUUUCUCAUGCUUACUGCUGAUGUCAACAAAAGCAUUAAGCUGGCCAGCUGGGAAGGGAUUCCCUACUAAUAUAAACCCAAAUAAAGCGAAUAAACUGAGAGUUCAAAAUGGGUUUGCUGAUACUAGCAUGGCGCUAGAGCAGUAUUCACUCCUCUCUAAAGCAUGAGAUAAAUAGAAACUAAGUAAUGAGUGUCUUAGCAGAGCUAAGGACUUUUUUUCAUUGCAAAUUACAUGGCAUAAUCUCAACCUAUAGAUAUGUUUAGGACUUGUGUUUGUUUGUAGAAUCCUCUGCUAUAAGUUGUUAGAGUUCAUAUCUUCAGAAUUACAUGAACACAGAGAUAACUGUGGGUACUGUCACUUGUAAAAUUUACAUUUCUCAGCACAAGAAGAAUGAAAUUUUAGUCAAAUUGAGUCAUAAAAUAAAACAAUAUCCAGCUACCCCAAAAGGUAGAGACAUUUUACAACUGCGUCUCUUCUUGAGGUUUUUGCAGAGUUAAAGCAGAACAGUAACCCUCUAUUUUUUCCUGAGUAGUUUCAUCUGUUGAACAUAAGAUGUUAUGUGCUUGUGCACAUAGUGCUGUGAUAAAUGAAAUUACUGAAAAAAUACUCAAUUUCUAAUUUUUUUGCACAGCUCUCUGGUUCCAUCCUCUACACAGCCCCAAGGGGAAAUAUUUACAGUUUCUUUCCAGUGUUGAAAUAGAAGCUGAGAAGCAGAAAACAUGUUGGAAACAAUUGAUACUCAUCGGGCCCUCCAGGCCAUGGAGCGCUUACAGACAAAACUUCGGGAUCGAGGUGACAUUGCAAAUGAGGAGAAACUGAGCCUAUUAAAAUCAGUGCUGCAGAGUCCUCUUUUUAAUCAAAUUCUGAGCCUUCAGACUUCUGUUCAACAACUGAGAGAUCAGGUAAAUAUUACACCUUCCAUACAUUCCAGUGGUGAAUUCCCUCAGCUUCUCCAUCAUGGUGUGAACUUGGGAUCCUUGCCACUUAAUGAGUCAUAUUUGUUGGCUCAGCAGAAUGGCAACCCAGCUAAUGUGGUAGAAACAUCAAUGAGAUCCAUUACUCCUCAGAUUAAUGGGAAAUUCUCUAGUGAUGACUUUGAGCAGCUGAUCAGAAAUAUGUCCCAGGGCCGUCUUGUUGAGACAAUUGACCUUAUUAAACCUCUAAGUGGUGGUCUGGGCUUCAGUGUUGUGGGACUCAAGAGUGAAAACAGGGGAGAACUAGGAAUAUUUGUGCAAGAAAUCCAGGAGGGAAGUGUGGCACAUAGAGAUGGAAAGCUGAAGGAAGCAGAUCAAAUCCUUGCUAUUAACGGACAAGCCCUUGAUCAGACAAUUACACAUCAACAGGCUAUCAGCAUUUUGCAGAAGGCAAAAGAUAAUGUCCAGCUAGUUGUGGCUAGAGGCACUUUUCCUCAGCUCAUCAGUCCUGUAGUGUCCCGGUCUCCAUCUGCUGCUAGCACAGUUUCAGCCCAUUCCAACCCGGUUCACUGGCAGCAUGUGGAGACCAUAGAGUUGGUCAAUGAUGGCUCAGGUCUGGGCUUUGGCAUAGUGGGAGGAAAGUCAACUGGUGUCAUUGUUAAAACCAUCCUCCCAGGAGGGGUGGCUGAUCAGCAUGGAAGACUGUGUAGUGGAGAUCACAUCUUGAAAAUUGGUGAUACAGACCUAGCUGGAAUGAGCAGUGAGCAGGUGGCACAAGUUUUAAGGCAGUGUGGAAAUAGAGUAAAAUUGGUAAUUGCAAGAGGUCCUGUUGAGGAGCCCCUUCUACCAGCAGUUCCUCCAGGAACACCAGUACCCACCUCUACACCAGAGAAACAGGACGAUGCCUCUGUUGAUAGGUGUGAGGAUGGGGAGAAAUUCAAUGUUGAACUCACUAAAAACAACCAGGGCUUAGGAAUAACUAUUGCUGGUUACAUUGGAGACAAGACAUCAGAACCUUCUGGUAUCUUUGUGAAAAGCAUUACAAAAGGCAGUGCUGUUGAACAUGAUGGCAGAAUCCAUGUGGGAGAUCAAAUUAUAGCUGUGGAUGGAACAAAUCUUCAGGGUUUUACUAACCAGCAAGCAGUUGAUGUUUUGCGGCACACGGGACAAACAGUUCGGCUCACUUUGAUCAGAAGAGGUCUUAAGCAGGAAAAUCGUAUUCCACCCCAGGAAGACUUCAGUGCUCCUGUUGAGCAGGACUUACUAUUCCAAACAAGGGAUAGUACCACAGCCAAAGAUAACAAUGAAACAGAACAGGGAUCCCCAUCAUUGCCAUGCAGUGCCAGUGUGGUAAAUAUUGGAGAUUACAUGAAACAACAGGAAACAGGUUCUCAAGAUUUCCAGCUAACUAGUACAGAAGAAGCAGCUGCAAAGAUAAAGUGGCAGAGGAUCAUGGGUUCGAAUUAUGAAAUAGUGGUGGCUGUGGUUAACAAAUUUAGUGAAAGCAGUGGGUUAGGAAUAAGCCUUGAAGCUACAGUGGGUCACCAUUUUAUCAGAUCUAUCUUACCUGAAGGGCCAGUUGGACGAAGCGGCAAGCUGUUCAGUGGAGAUGAACUGCUAGAAGUGAAUGAGAUCUCCCUGCUUGGAGAAAACCACAAGGAUGUGGUCAGUAUCUUGAAAGAGCUACCUAUUAAGGUGACAAUGGUGUGCUGUCGUCCAAUAGCUCCACCUGUUACUCAACCAGAAAUACUGGAGAGUCUAAGCCUAUCUGAGGUUCAGCUCACAGAAAAGGGUCACAUAGAACUUGGAUUCAUUGGCUCCUCAGACACAGAGGGAACAACUUUGGAAACAGCUGAUGAGGGUCAGAGUAUGGAAGAGGUGCAAAGCUCAUCUCUGGCAAUGUGGGAAACAGAAGUACAGCACAUUGAGCUGGAGAAAGGGAGUAUGGGGCUUGGAUUUAGCAUAUUGGACUAUCAGGAUCCUGUUGAUCCAGCAAACACUGUAAUUGUAAUUCGCUCAUUAGUUCCCGGGGGUGUGGCUGAGCAAGAUGGCAGACUUCUUCCUGGAGAUCGGCUUAUGUUUGUCAACGAUAUCAACUUGGAAAAUGGCAGCCUGGAGGAAGCAGUGCAAGCACUGAAAGGAGCCCCAACAGGAACAGUUAAAAUAGGAGUUGCCAAACCAUUGCCUCUUUCACCUGAGGAAGGCUAUGUCUCUGCUAAGGAAGAUUGCUUUUUCUACACUGCCCAGUCACUUGAGGAGGAGGGGCCAGCUGAUGCAGCCCUCUUCCAUGCUGAGCUGGCUCUGGUGGACUCUGGCGAGGCAGAUCUAGCGGAUGAGUCCACUUUAGAAUCACAGUAUUCUCUGGAGAGAGACGUCUUCCAGAACUCAGUGACAGCUCUGCAUGACAGUGCCUGUAGCGGUGAAGUGAACGACAGCUUCUCUCUUCCAUUAUCAACUCCCAAGUCUGUUGGAGAGGAGUGCCCAAAUGCUGCAGGUGAUUUCCAUGUAUCUGAGAAGAAUCUGUACAACAUGAAUCUGAAUCAGAGACUGAGAGAUGAAAAAUCUGUAGUGGACAGUAGCCUGGAAACUGCAAGUGAUUGUAAUAAAAUAGAUCUUCUGACUCUGGAGGUUUCAGAUAUCAACCAGAAUGAAAGUGAAAAUACAGCAACAUGGGCAACAUCUCAGACAGCAUCAGAAGUUGUACUAAAUACAAGCCUUGCUACUACCACACAGCUUGAUCCCAAUGAAAAAGAUCAAUUGCUUUUAAUGGAAAAUAGAUGCCCAGUAUCUUUGGAGGGAAAUUCCACACCCCAAAAUUCAGUCAAAAACAUGUAUGAGAAGACUAUCACUAUUGCAAAAGGCAAUUCAAGCCUAGGGAUGACAGUAAGUUCCAAUAAAGAUGGUUUGGGAAUGAUAGUUCGCAGUGUCAUCCAUGGAGGCUCAAUAAGUCGCGAUGGACGGAUUGGUGUGGGGGACUGCAUCCUGUCCAUUAACGAAGAAUCAACCACUAACUUAACCAAUGCACAAGCCCGAGCUAUGCUGAGACGACAUUCACUCAUUGGACCAGACAUAAAAUCUUCUCCAGCACCUGCUGAUGAUCAGGCCCUGUGUUAUGUUAUUACAUAUGUGCCAGCAGAAAAUUUAGACGAGUACAGGGCCAGUCUGGGACAACAGACAGAGGGAACAGUGCCACUUGAACUUUUUCCUUCACAUAUUGUCAGGGAACUUCCAGAGCUUCCAGAACGUGAAGAGGGGGAGGGAGAAGAAAGCGAACUUCAAAAUGCAGCGUUCAGUAACUGGAACCAACCCAGAAAAGUUGAACUCUGGAGAGAGCCUAGCAAGUCAUUGGGCAUCAGCAUUGUUGGAGGACGAGGGAUGGGAAGCCGCCUGAGCAAUGGAGAGGUCAUGAGAGGGAUUUUUAUCAAACACAUCCUGGAAGACAGCCCAGCUGGCAAAAAUGGAACACUGAAAACUGGAGAUCGGAUUGUAGAGGUGGAUGGAAUUGACCUCAGAGAUGCCAGCCACGAACAAGCUGUGGAAGCCAUACGGAAGGCAGGCAAUCCUGUAGUCUUUAUGGUACAGAGCAUUAUAAGCAGACCAAGGGCAUUUGGUCAGUCUGAUACAGAGCUAGAAAAGACUUCAAUUUGUAACUUGCCUCUGCCCCCUCCUUCAGCAUUUUCGGGAAUGAGCUCUGAUGUUGCACAGUCAUCUUCUAUCAGAGUCCCAGAAGAUGUGGAGAAGGAGGAUGAGUAUGGUUACAGCUGGAAAAAGAUCGUGCAGCGCUAUGGAAAUCUACCAGGGGAGCUACACAUGAUUGAGCUGGAAAAAGGAAAGACAGGUCUGGGACUUAGUCUUGCUGGUAACAAAGACCGAUCCAGGAUGAGUGUCUUUAUAGUGGGAAUUGAUCCAAAUGGAGCAGCUGGAAAAGAUGGCAGGUUACAGAUUGCAGAUGAGUUGCUAGAGAUAAAUGGCCAAAUCCUUUAUGGAAGGACUCAUCAGAAUGCUUCUUCAAUAAUCAAAUGCGCACCAUCUAAAGUUAAAGUAAUCUUUAUCAGAAACAAGGAUGCAGUAAAUCAAAUGGCUGUUUGCCCUGCAAAGUCAGUAGAGGCUUCACAGUGUACUUCAGGGACGCUUCAACAUCAAGAGAUUGACAUCAGUGUUGCAAACCCAAGUGCAUUUUCUGACUUAAGUUCAUGUAAAAACAUUCAGUAUGUGGAACUUCCUAAGGAUCAAGGAGGCUUUGGAAUUGCCAUUAGUGAAGAAGACACAGCUAAUGGAGUAGUUAUUAAAAGCUUAACAGAUCAUGGUGCAGCUGCAAAGGAUGGACGUAUCAAAGUUGGAGAUGUGAUUCUGGCAGUGGAUGACGAAAUUGUUGUGGGAUAUCCUGUAGAAAAGUUUAUUAGUCUCCUGAAGACAUCCAAAUCUGUGGUAAGGCUUACAAUCAACCCAGCAGAGACAGAUAACCUGACUACAGCACCAGCCCUUCCCAGCACCGUCCCAGCAGAGAAGAAGAAUAUGCAACCACCAGCAGCUGUCCCGACUUCCAGCUCACCGGAACCAGAAGCAAUCAAAAACACAAGCAGGUCUUCAACUCCAGCCAUGUUAACCUCUGACCCAGCUACUUGUCCCAUCAUUCCUGGAUGUGAAACAACCAUUGAUAUCUCCAAAGGAAGGACUGGUCUUGGUCUGAGCAUUGUUGGAGGAGCAGACACUUUGCUGGGAGCAAUCAUUAUCCAUGAGGUAUAUGAAGAAGGAGCAGCAUCUAAAGAUGGACGACUGUGGGCUGGUGAUCAGAUACUAGAGGUGAAUGGAAUUGACCUCAGGAAUGCCACGCAUGAUGAGGCCAUUAAUGUCCUCCGUCAGACACCCCAAAAAGUUCGCCUGACUGUCUACAGAGAUGAAGCCCAGUACAAGGAGGAAGACAUGUAUGAUGUGCUGAAUAUAGAGCUCCAUAAGAAGCCUGGUAAAGGCCUUGGACUGAGUAUUGUUGGGAAAAGAAAUGACACAGGUGUGUUUGUGUCAGACAUCGUCAAAGGAGGAAUAGCAGAUACAGAUGGGAGGUUGAUGCAAGGAGACCAGAUAUUGACAGUGAAUGGAGAAGAUGUCCGAAAUGCUAACCAGGAGGCCGUUGCAGCUUUGCUAAAGUGUUCCUUAGGUACAGUAAGACUAGAAGUUGGAAGAAUAAAAGCUGGGCCAUUUCACUCUGAAAGGAGAACAUCCCAGAGCAGCCAGGUCAGUGAAGGAAGUGGAAGUCUCUCAUCAUUCAGUUUCCCAGUGUCUGGGUCUGGUGCACCUGAGGUCUUUGAAAGUGGCCUAAAGAGACAUACCACAGCUUCUGAAAUACUGGGACUAAGAACAGUUGAAAUAAAAAAGAACCCUACAGAUUCACUAGGCGUGAGCAUUGCUGGAGGUGUAGGAAGUCCUCUUGGAGAUGUUCCUAUAUUCAUUGCCAUGAUGCACCCAAAUGGAGUUGCAGCUCAGACUCAGAAAUUAAGAGUUGGGGACAGGAUUGUUAGCAUCUGUGGAACAUCUACUGAGGGCAUGACUCAUUCCCAAGCUGUUAAUAUCUUAAAAAAUGCUUCAGGCACUAUUGAGUUACAGGUUGUAGCUGGAGGAGAAGUGAGUGUCAUAACUGGUCAGCAGCAGGAUCCACCUACACCCAGUCUUUCGUUUUCAGGACUAACUUCAACUGGCAUUUUUCAGGAUGAUUUAGGACCUCCUCAGUACAAGACCAUUACUCUGGACAGAGGACCAGACGGCCUUGGCUUUAGUAUUGUGGGUGGCUAUGGCAGUCCCCAUGGAGACUUACCCAUUUAUGUGAAGACAGUGUUUGCUAAGGGUGCAGCAGCAGAAGAUGGACGCCUCAAGAGGGGAGAUCAAAUCAUUGCUGUAAAUGGGCAGAGUUUAGAAGGGGUGACCCACGAGGAAGCAGUUGCUAUUCUGAAAAGGACAAAAGGAACAGUCACUUUGACUGUGUUGUCAUGAACUGGCUGCCUGGCAGGCUAGGGUCAAUAAGACAAAAUUGUUUACUUUCCACGUAGUACAGAGAAUGGAAAUGUUUGGGUCGUCUUCUUGCUCUUUCAGCUUCACAGGACUGUGUUACAACACUGAAGAAAAAUAACGUUUAACCAUAUUUUUGUAUACAUUAGAAGUACUUCUCUUCCUGUCAAACCACUGGAAUGAAAUUAUGUUGACAAUGGAAAUGUGGAUAUUUUUCCUAUUAGUAAUUCACCACCAAAAAAAAUGUUGCCAUUAAUAACCACACAAGAAAACUGAAAAUGUUUUGGGAAGAGACUUUGCAUAUUUGAAUAAUGUUGGAAAAAUGAUAAAUUCACCAAGUCAGCAUGGAGGUUGCAGGGGUAGCAGUAGUCAGAAAACAGGAAUAAGGUUAUUGAAGAAAGAAAAUAUUACUAAAUCAGAGAUUUGGAAGAUAAGGGGAAAUGUAUGUAAUCUGGAGGCAGAUGGUUAAUAGGCUAGAUGGUUCUUUGGAACUAGACGAUUUUUAGGGUUCCUUUCAACCCAGACUGUCUAAUGACCAUAUUAUUUCACAAUGCUCAAAAGGAGAAACUAGUUUGGUGACCUGGGUGGACUUUUUUGCUUGCCUUUUUGUGCGUUUAAAUUUUUCUGUCAUGGUGUAUCUGAAAAAAAAAAAAAGAACACUGUGUUUUACUCAGCUUAGGUUUGAGGGUUUCAUUAUUUUGGUGUCAGGGGGGUGUGUUGGUGGUGGUGAUGGUGGUUUUGUUUUUUGCUUGUUUGUUUUGUUUGUGGGUUUUGUGGGACUUGUGGUCAGGGCUGAAAAACCCAUUACUAGUGGAAACUUCCUGGUGAUUAAGAAUGCCCAGCAACUGCAGUAUUAGAAGAACUAUAUUUUUAAAGUAGGAAUAUUUUAUAGUCCUUAUGAGUGAAAACAAAUUUUCUAAUAUGAAGUGUCUGUGAGCAAAGGUUGUCCUCUUCCAAUGUGCAACACCAUGUACAGGGUCAGUGCAGACAUUUCUGCAAGCUGUUUGCUUCAGAGCCUUGAACAAACCUCUCAGAGCAGCUCUGCUUAGCUGCCAGCAGAUGUCUGGAUAUUGCCAGUGUGGAAGGAGUUGACAUUAAUGGUGUUGCUGCCAUUAUCACUAGCAGCAAGGUAGAAUCCUCCUUGAACUGAGGAGGCAUACAGCCAGUAGUCAUGAGUUGAGAUUGGGUGAAGACCUGAAAAUCCCUCACAGUUGAGGUGAGUUGUAAGAUGGUAGUGAGGGUUUGCACCAGUAAUAAGCAGAAGAGGAGCUUUGACAGCUACAACUAUUAUUUUGGGGAUAUUAAUUUUAGAGGCACAGAUAAAAGCAUCUAGUAAGUACAAUGCAACUGUGGAGCUUUCUUUGAUCAGCAGCAGGGUCAAUAAAUGCAUCACUUUCUCAUUACUUAAACUUUAUCUAAAAACUGCACUCAGUGAAACACUUAGCUGAUUGUAACCUGCCUGCUCUUGCCUGCCAUGCUCUUAGGAAUCUGGCAGAUAAAGCAUGCUCCUCCCAUGAUUUAUUUUCCUGCAGAAAAAUUUAGCUGAGGCUUUUGAGAGAGGAAGAUGCUAGUCAAACUAGUAUGCUAUUUAGCAGGAGGAUGCUUUGUGUUAAUUAGCAAAAAUGGAAUUUUAGCUAGAAGGCCAUUAUUUCAACUAUCACGUAUGAGAAAUAUGAACUGAAAAUGCAGGCAAUGGUCAGGCCAUUAUUAGGGGAUAAUACAAAAGACUAGCAUUUAUUUUAGUGGGUCACAAAAGCAGUAUUAGGAGUGUCUGUCAAAGAGUAUUAACAAAUUGAUUGCUAUGUGUAAGUGAAUUAACAAAAAAAUCCCGUUCUUUGUCUUUUUAACUAUUCUAGAAGUUACAUUGUGGUAGGCUAUGAUGCAAUAAACUAGAUGGUACCAUUGCUGGAUGCUGCUGUUACUAAAUUGCUUUUGUACUUAUUCCUUGCAUAGAGUGAGAAAUGCCUACAUUAGAGUAUGUAAAGUCACUUUAAAUAGUAUCUAUAUUUGUUACAGAAGUAGUGUACAGCUAUUUUGUUACUGCUCUUGUGUCACAAUGGGGGAUUUAAAUUAAUAAAUUUCAAACUGUCAUGAUGAAGUGAAGCUGUGGAUUUGUUACUAGUUGCUUUAUAAUAGCAUGCUUGCAUUAUUCAUUCUGCUGCAAAAGAUGAAUUCAAAACAAUUUAAUAGUUGAAAAAAGGCAUUACUCUUGAUGUAAACCUUAAAGCAUCUUCUAAAAAUUGAUUUUUUCUUUAAAGAUGUUAUCUUCACUUGCAAACUCUUAGCAAAUUCAUGAAACUAUGAAGCUGUCUUGCUUAUGUGUAACAGAGCGUUAAUCAUUGUUAAAAAAACCGUUCUUUCAGGCAUGGGAUGUGCCAUGAGGGACAAAAAUAGUGGGCCAUGAAGCCUGGGGCUCAGAAUGGGCUCUCCCCCAAGCCCCUUGCCAGGAAAUUGUUGCAUGACCACUGCUUAGUGGCUACCAUGCCCUGGACCAUGUAGUAAUAGACUUUUCAGGCUUAGAAUGUUUGGUUUUCCUUACAUUUUGUGUUCAAUGCAACUUUCCAGUCAGAGAAGUUAGUCCUCUAAGGUGCUAGGUACUGUGGGCCAGUUCUGCCAAGUUUUAUGGUUUUGGUUACAUUUUUUCCAUGUUACUGUGUUACAGGUUUGGAAGGGUCUGGCAUCUUAAAGGCCCCAUCCCACUGUCUGGGCAGAUAUCCAGCCCUUUAUUUAACUCUCAAUUAUGUAUUGCUGAGGGGUAAUCAGAGUGGUAUUAAUGAAAAGCUCUUUAAUUUUAGAGUGGUAUUAAUGAAAGGGACUGUCACUUUUUGAAAGCAUGGGUCUGAACAAAGGACAGCUGAUUCAUAGGAAUGCACAUAUUUCAUUUCUUAACAGUGAGCAGGUAUUGUUGGCAUGGCUGCUUUUCUGUUCAUUCUUCUGUUAGAUUUUAUUUCUGGCUUAGCUUUAUGGUAGCAGUAGUAUUGUUAAUUCUCAGCUGAGAGAAGGGUUGGAAUUUAAUAGCUAUCGCCGAUCCCCUUUCCUUCGCUCUAUUCAGUCUCUUUUUGUAAGAAAAAAUAAAAAAGAAACUGUAUAUUCUGUAGACCUAAAAGAAGAAGAGAGUGGCAUCCUUGUUGUUAAGUGUCAAGAUGUUUUGUUUUGGUGACAGAGACUUGCAAAUAAUGUGGAAGUACUUAGGUCAUUUAAUAGUGUUUAGCAAAGAAAGCCUUACCUCAGAAUGGGAGUGACACUGGAAAGGGGCAUUUGUUAGAUUUCUACACACACUUUUUCUUGCUUUUUAAAAACAAAUAGUUUGAAGCAUCUAAAAUAUUCCUGUGUAGAGGGCACUUCUGUUUUAAGCUCCAGCUGAAGCUACUUAGAAUAAAGUUUUCACAUUCUUUACAAAUUGUAUUAAAAUGGUAAAUAUUUUUAAUAGUAAACAGUAUUUUCCUGUUUUGAAUACAGGAAAAUAUUCAAUAGCUGCAGUGUGGAUUUUUCUUUUGUAACUGGUCAUCAUGCAUGCUUCUCAACAGACAUGUAGAUCUUUAAUAUAAUGUGUUUUAGUCCAUCGCCCGUGUUACAGGGUAAUGCAUUUACUUGUGAAGUUUGGCCACCUGUUUUCAUGGAAGUGGCAACCAUGACAGGUAAGAAGAUCCAAUUCAAACAUUUGAGAAGAAUAUACCUAGUGGAAAAUGAUGCCCAAGUAGAUUGACGUUCCUGUGUUCUUAUUCUGACAUAAAAUCUUCCUAAGCUUUCUACUCUCUGUGAAAAUGAUUGUUUGAAAUGGGUAGAAAAAAUGUAGAUACUGCUUCUCAUAUCUCAGUUGAAAGGAGAUUAAAUUCUGGUAAAAUAUUAAUUCUAAAAGCUGUGUAUACCUGAGCUAAAAACAACAGAAUUUUCCAAACUAAAUUAUUAGUUUGCAACUGGAGAUUUUUUUGUUUAGUUACAGCAGCAAGUUGGUUUGUGAAGGUGAGCCAAGCAGGUUUUCACUUACUAUUUCACUUCUGAUUACUUUCUAUUUGGUCCAUUGUUUUCAAUCUUCAUAUAGGUGGCUUAAAUGCAUAAAUUACAUAAUUUUUUUUUUUUUAUUACAUCAAAUGAGUGUUGGAAUCACGUAUAAAAACAGGUAAGUUGUUUUUGUGACUGCCAGUACUACGUUAGGUUUUUUAAGUGCUUGCAAUUAGAUGUCCAGGUUGUCCACAGGCAGACAAGAGAAAGCUUUUUGUCUAAGGGGGGAGGCUUUGAAUUUGUUAACACUUGUUAGUAUUUUCUGGUAUUUCAGCCUUUGGUAUUUUAUUAGUUACGACUGUACUUCAUUAAGUGAAUUCAGUUUAAUUAAAACUAUGCUUUGAGUGACCAAGGUAGACGCUAUACCUAAACAAGAGUGAGUGCUCUUCUCGAGUAUUUCUGUGGGAUGUCGGUUGACUUUUGGAGUUCUGUGCUGCACUGUUCAACAACAGUGUCAGUUUGGUGUGUUGUCAUAGUGUUUUGUUCAUGCUCCUCACUGUCCACAGCCACAGAAUGAUACCACGGCUCAAGAGAACUGAGGGCAUGGCACACAUUUAAAUGAUGCAUUAUCAGAUUUCCACUACUGCACACCAGUUAGAGGUAAAGAAGUUUCUUGUUUGGGCAGCUCACACAAGCAAUUAGG